AUGCUCUUCCACAGCCUGUCGGGCCCCGAGGUGCAUGGAGUCAUCGACGAGAUGGACCGGAGGGCCAAGAGCGAAGGCCCGGCCAUCAGCUCGGCUAUCGACCGGGGCGAGACGGAGACGACCAUGCCGUCCAUCAGCAGCGAGCGGGCCGCCCUGUGCGCCGGCUGCGGGGGCAAGAUCUCGGACCGCUACUACCUGCUCGCCGUGGACAAGCAGUGGCACAUGCGGUGCCUCAAAUGCUGCGAGUGCAAACUGAACCUGGAGUCCGAGCUCACCUGCUUCAGCAAGGACGGCAGCAUCUACUGCAAAGAGGACUACUACAGGCGGUUCUCGGUUCAGCGCUGCGCCCGCUGCCACCUGGGCAUCUCGGCGUCGGAGAUGGUGAUGCGCGCCCGGGACCUGGUCUACCACCUCAACUGCUUCACGUGCACCACGUGCAACAAGAUGCUCACCACGGGCGACCACUUUGGCAUGAAGGACAGCCUGGUGUACUGCCGCCUGCACUUCGAGGCGCUGCUCCAGGGCGAGUACCAGGCGCACUUUAACCACGCCGACGUGGCGGCGGCGGCGGCGGCGGCGGCGGCGGCCAAGGGCGCGGGGCUGGGGGCCGCAGGGGCCAACACGCUGGGCCUGCCCUACUACAAUGGUGUGGGCACCGUGCAGAAGGGGAGGCCGCGCAAGAGGAAGAGCCCCGGCCCCGGAGCGGACCUGGCGGCCUACAACGCAGCACUGAGCUGUAACGAGAAUGACGGCGACCACUUGGACCGCGACCAGCAGUACCCCAGCAGCCAGAAGACGAAGCGCAUGCGCACCUCUUUCAAACACCACCAGCUGCGGACAAUGAAGUCUUAUUUUGCUAUUAACCACAAUCCGGACGCCAAGGACUUGAAGCAGCUAGCUCAGAAGACCGGCCUCACCAAGAGAGUUUUACAGGUUUGGUUUCAGAAUGCCAGGGCCAAAUUCCGGCGGAACCUCCUUCGCCAGGAAAACACGGGGGUGGACAAAACCUCGGACUCCACGCUGCAGACGGGGACCCCUUCGGGCCCGGCUUCUGAAAUCUCCAACGCGUCCAUGAGCCCCUCCAGCACCCCCACCACCCUCACGGACUUGACGAACCCCACGAUGCCAACUGUGACGUCUGUCUUAACUUCUGUGCCUGGGAGCCUCGAGGGUCACGAGUCGAGGAGUCCCUCCCAAACAACGCUCACGAAUCUUUUCUGAUGACUCUUUCCUCCGAAAUUUCUUUAAAAAAGAAAUUCCUCUUAGUUGAAUUCCAAGUGUAUUUUAAUAGGGGCUUCGAGCAGCUAACUAACCACAUUUUAGGAUCGCGCCUGGAAGCAGAAGGGAAAAAAAGAAGCGAAAUGUGUUCUGGUACUAGAGAGUGUGGACUGAAGAAUAACUUGGAAGGUCUAUCUGCAACACAACAUUUGUGUAACUGUACAGUUUUGUGGACUGGGCAAGGGAAACAACGAUUAAUUUAAGUUGGCUAAAGCUUCUUGUAUUUUCAAAGACUGCCAUGUGCCUUAUAUACUGUUUUAUCUACACACUUUGGGUUACAUGUCCGUUCUCUCUCUCUCUCUCUCUCUCUCUCUCUCUCAAUCUCUCUCUCUCUCCCAAUCUCUCAUCCUUUUUCCACUCGCCCCCCUUUCUCUCUGUAUAUUUAUGACCAGAACAAACAUGUUAAAAAAAGUUUGUUACUUUGAAUAGUCCUAAAACCCCCUCCAUCGGUUGCUUUGUUGUUUUAGAAUUGGAAGGUGGAAGUCUGUUGGAAUAUCCGAAUUUGUAAAAUCUAACCAGUAAUAAAACCACU